UGGCUUUUCCUUCUUCUUCUUCUUGUGCACGUUCUUCUUCUAUAGAACUCGCUGUUGCUUGAGAAGAACCCGAACCCUGAGUCGGGAAUCCGUGGAGGGGGAGAAAGUAGGGGAGAGGAGCAGCGAAGAAGACGACGACGGCGGCAAUGGCGGAUCGAGUAUACCCUUCUGCGAAGCCUAACCCCCAACCGUCCCAGGCCCUCAACGGCGGCGGCGGCGCAGGAGGGGCCCCCUCCUUCCCGCCGACAAAGGGCCAGACGUACAGCGCGACGCUCCCGGCUUACCGUCCCCAGCCGCGGAAGCCGCCGCCGCCCCGCCGUCGUAGCCGUCGGGGCUGUUGCUGCUCCUGCUGCCUCUGGCUCACCCUCAUCAUCGUCGCCCUCGUCUUCCUCGCCGCCAUCGCCGCCGGCGUCUUCUACGUCAUCUACCGACCCCGCCGCCCCACCUUCGAGGUCGACGGCCUCCGCCUCUCCGCCUUCAACGUCUCGGGCGCCGGCCAGCUCACCUCCCGCCUCGACCUCAACGUCACCGCACGCAACCCCAACGCCAAGAUU